AUGGCGUCUGUUAAACAACUGCUUUAUGACACAAUGGAUGAUCUGGAAAAAAAAGAAUUGAAGAGAUUUAAGAGCUACUUAAGAGAAGAUGGAAAUAUUAAAGUUUCUGUACUGGAGAAAGCAGAUGCAACUGACACAGUAGAUCAGAUGCUGGAUCGUUUUGGACCAGAAAAUGCUGUGAAGAUCACACUGGAUAUCCUGAAAAAGAUGAACCAAAACCAUCUCGCUGAACAGUUAGAGAACAAACACACCAAAGUCUAUUUAACAGAAGAUUGGAAGCUGCAGAAGGUUUUGGAAACUCACAAAAUGAACAUGAAGAAGAAAAUAGAACAUAUUUUUGAGGGCAACAAAGAAGAUGAAACAGAUCUCAAGGCUGUUUACACAGAACUGUUCAUCACAGAGGGAGAUAUGAAAGAUGUCAAUCAUGAACAUGAGAUUCUGAAGAUUGAUGAUGCUUUUAAGAACAAAAAAACACAGGACAAACCAAUCAGAUGCAAUAAUAUAUUUACUGAACUGAGGAAAAACAAUAAGAAAAAGUCUGUGCUGACUAAAGGCAUCGCUGGAAUUGGAAAAACUGUCUCUGUGCACAAGUUCAUCCUGGACUGGACAGAAGGAGAAGCCAAUCAGGAUAUACACUGUGUGUUCCUGCUUCCAUUCAGAGAGAUUAACUUAAUGACAAAUGAAGAUUUCAGUCUCCACGAACUUCUGCUGGAAUUUUAUCCUGAACUGAAGAACCUGGAGAAAUCAAAGUUAUAUGAGGAAUAUAAGCUUGUGUUUAUAUUUGAUGGACUUGAUGAGAGUCGCCUGCCUCUGAAUUUUAAAAGUAGGUCUCUAAACACUAUUGAGAAAAAAGCAUCUGUAGAUGCGCUGUUUACAAGUCUGGUCAAAGGGACUCUGCUUCCAUCAUCUCUUGUCUGGGUGACGUCACGACCAGCAGCAGCCAAUCAGAUUCCUCCUCGAUAUGUAGGUUUGUUCACAGAGGUGCGAGGAUUUACUGACCAACAGAAGGAGGAGUACUUCAGAAAGAGAAUCACAGAUGAGAAUCUGUCCUCCAAAAUCAUUUCACACAUUAAGACGUCUCGUAGUCUCUACAUCAUGUGCCAUAUUCCUGUGUUCUGCUGGAUCACGGCCACAGUACUUCAGGAUAUUCUCAUUGAGAACAAUGCAGAGAACAUCAGCACAACACUCACUGAAAUGUACAUUCACUUCCUGCUGAUACAGAUGAAUAUGAAGAACCAGAAGUAUGAUGAACAAGAAGAAAGAGAUUGUACAGAGCACUUGCAAUUAAAUAGAGAGAUGAUUUUGAAGUUAGCCAAGCUAGCAUUUGAACAGCUAAAGAAGGAAAACAUUGUGUUCUAUAAGGAAGAUCUAAAAGCAUGUGAUAUUGAUGCGAGUAAAGACACUGAGUUCACAGGAAUGAUUGCUGAGCUCUUCAAAAGGGAACAUAGACUUCAUGGAGCAAAGGUCUUCUGCUUUGUGCAUCUGAGUGUUCAAGAGUUUCUCGCUGCAGUGCAUGUGUUCAUCUGCUACCUGAACAAAAACAUGCAGGAGCUUCAGUUUUUCUUUGACAAGCCAGAAGAAAAUAUCACAUUGCAGGAGCUACUGCAGAACGCUGUUAAUAAAGCCAUGGAGAGUAAGAGAGGACAUCUGGACCUGUUCCUGCGCUUUCUGAUGGGCAUUUCACUGAAAUCCAGUCAAAACCUGCUCACAGGCCUGAUAACACACACUGAAGACACCACAGAGAGCAUCAGACAAACAACUAAAUACAUUAAACAAAUACAAAACUAUAUAUCAGAUGAAGCUUCAGUAAACCUAUUUUACUGCUUACUUGAGCUCAAAGAUCAUUCAUUAUAUGAGGAAAUCCAGAGUUACCUCAGCUCAGAUGAACAUACAGGAAGAAACCUGUCAUCUUCAAUGUGCACAGUGCUGACCUACGUACUUCUCAUGUCAGAGAAGGUGCUGGAUGAGUUCAACCCAAAGAGGUUCACGUCAUCAUCUUCAAACUAUGAGAGACUCAUCCCAGCUGUGAGAUGCUGCAGAAAAGCACUAUUUUCUAUAUGUAAUCUCACUGCUCAGUCUUGUGAGAGUUUGUCAUCAGUUUUGAAAUCCUCAAACUGUGUCCUGAAAGAACUGGAUCUGA